AUGGAUUGGCCUAAUAGCUCAUUGCUAGCACCUCCAGUCAAGGCAUAUGUGCCUCCAAUUCCUUUUUCGCAGAGGUUGAAAAACACCAAGAAGGACUUUCAAUUUUCCAAGUUCCUUAAGCAAAUGCCUAGCUACACAAAAUUGAUGAAGGAAAUUCUUUCUAAGAAGUGGAAAAUGAAGGAGUAUGAGAGCGUACAAUUGAUGGAGGAGUGUAGUGCAAUAGUGCAACAAAAACUCCCAAUCAAAAGAACAAAUCCGGGAAGUUUCACCAUUCCUUACACUAUUGGAAGCACGUUGAUUGAAAGGGCGCUAUGUGAUUUGGGUGCGAGUAUCAAUUUAAUGCCACUAUCUAUAGCCAAGCACAUUGGCUUGCAUGAAAUUAGCCCUACUAUAAUGUCUCUUGUUAUGACAGAUCGCUCUAUCAAGUAUCCCCGUGGUGUUAUUGAGGAUGUUCUUGUCAAGGUGGACAAAUUGGUUUUUCCUAUGGACUUUGUUAUUCUUGAUAUGGAGGAGGACUCUACUACUCUAAUUAUUUUGGGCGACCUUUCUUGA